AAAUACUGGAGUAAUGAGUAACUGACAGCAGCUGGUGAGACACAUGACCAGCUGUGAAGCAGAACAGACCUAAUACAGACAGGAACUAAACCGGAAGUAACAAAAUAAAACAGGAAACUAAACAAAUCCAGAGCUAAGAAGCAAGAUCUGUGACAGAACCAAACAUGACACCACAAAUGAACAAACAGGGCAAACACUGGAUGAAACAGCACCACUUGGCUCCUGGAAGACAAAGUCGAACACAAACACUUAAUGAAAGUUCCAUCUUUGUUCCACCACCACCCAACCUCUCUGGUGCAUAUGUGUUCAUUGUUUUCCAUACAUUCGAUGAAGUUGUGAUGACAGCAUCUAAGGACAAAAAUCAAAACACACAUGUAGAUCAUUUUCAUAAACUCUGUACAUUUGAACCAAUGUAAAAAAAUUCAAACACUUCAAAUAUAACCUUGGACUAACAGCCCACUAAUUUGCUUAAAUAAUUUUGACUUACCAUUUAAAAGUAGCUGCUACGUUGCUGUACUCUUUUGUCAUGAUCCGUGUCUUUGUUUCUAGUUGUUCCCUGUUUUCACGUCAUGUCCUGCUUGUCUUAUUUUGGUUCCAGUUUCCGUUUCCUGUUUUAUUUUGGUAGUCUCCCGGUCUCUGUUUUGUGUUCUAGCUUUACUUCCGGUUUCUUGUCUUGUCACAGCUGUCCCUGCUCAUUACCCACACCUGCACUCUGUUAGUCAUCAAGUCACUGUGUAUUUAACCACCACCUGUGUCCUUAGUUCCCUGCCAGAUUGUCGUAUUCGAGUUCCCUGAGUGUUCGUGUUUCUUGUGAGUUGAGCGUCCCUAGUCUCCUGAGUUCCCUGCGUGUUCGUGUUUUUCGUGUUUAUUCCUGUUUGCACCAUGUAUCCUGCCUGACCCUGGAGUAUCUACUGACCGUGAGUUUUUGCCUGUUCCCUGCCUGUACUUUUGUCGAGCCAUUUCGUGUAUGACCUGGACCGUCUGACCGUGCCUUAAGAAUAAACCUUUCUGAUCGUAAUCCUGCCUCUGUGCUGUGCAUGUGGGUUCGCCGCCUGCCCGAGUCCCUGACAGAACAAUCUGGCCACACUUGGACCCAGCCAGCACUUAGCCUCCGGUCAGGAGGAUGUUGAGGACUCUCAUCACAUCUCCCCAAGUCCUGUGGUCCAUGUGCGUGGUCUGUGUGAGGCUGUUGUGGAGGCAGACCUGAUAGAUGCCCUGGAGAAGUUUGGAUCUAUAUGUUACGUGAUGAUGAUGCCUUUCAAGCGUCAGGCCCUGGUGGAGUUCUCUGCGGUGGAGGGCGCUGACCGCUGCGUGUCCUGUGGAGACAAGGAGCCAGUGUACAUAGCAGGCCAACAGGCAUAUUUUAACUACUCUACAUCUAAGAGAAUCACAAGACCAACCAGUGCUGACAACCCCAACAGUGGCAAUAAGGUUCUCCUGCUGUCUAUUCAGAACCCUCUCUAUCCUAUAACCACGGACGUAUUGUACACCGUGUGUAACCCCAUUGGCAGCGUGUUGAGGAUUGUCAUCUUUAAACGGAACGGAAUCCAGGCCAUGGUGGAGUUUGAGUCAGUUCAGUGUGCCCAGAAGGCCAAAGCAGCUCUGAAUGGAGCCGACAUCUACGCUGGCUGCUGUACACUCAAGAUUGAAUAUGCGAGGCCAACUCGUCUAAACGUGAUUAAAAAUGACAAUGAGAGCUGGGACUACACUAAACCGUACCUGGUCAGACGAGAUCGUGGCAAAGGAAGGCAAAGGCAGGCCAUUUUAGGAGAGCACCCUUCAUCCUACAGUGAGAGCGGCUUUGGAUCACCCUGUCCUCUGCUGCCUCUACCUGGCAACAGCAGGUACAAGCUCACUUCUGUGGACGCUCCAGACAUGGUUUCCUACCCUCUGCCCCAGUCGUCUUCCUACUCCACUCAUGCUCCUAGCUCUGUUGCCAUGGUGAGUGGCCUCCACCCAUCCAAGAUGAACUGCACCCGCAUUUUCAACCUUUUCUGCCUUUACGGCAACAUUGAGAAGGUGAAAUUCAUGAAGAGUGUUCCUGGUACAGCGUUGGUGGAGAUGGGAGACGAGUACGCUGUGGACAGAGCCAUCACACACCUCAACAGCAUUAAGGUGUUUGGCAAGAGACUUAAUGUCUGUGUGUCUAAGCAACAUGCAGUCAUCCCCAGCCAGGUGUUUGAGCUGGAGGACGGCAGCAGCAGCUACAAGGACUUUGCAAUGACUAGAAACAACCGCUUCAGCAGUGCCGGACAGGCCUCCAAGAACAUCAUCCAGCCUCCGUCUGCAGUGCUGCAUUACUACAACGUUCCACCGUGCAUCUCACAGGACCACUUACUCAGGCUGUGUAAGGAGCAUGAUGUCCCUGGCUUUGUUAAAUUCAAGAUGUUCGAUGCCAAACCCUCCUCCAAGACCAUCUCUGGUUUACUGGAGUUUGACAGCAAGACAGAUGCUGUGGAGGUUCUCACUGUCCUCAACCACUACCAAAUCAGGAUCCCCAAUGGAUCUAACCCCUACACUCUCAAACUGUGCUUCUCCACCUCAUCUCACCUGUAAAGUGCUGCAGAGUGUCAAGCCCAAUUCUGCUGGCUGUCAAUCAAGCUGUGGUCACUGUGGCCAGGACGAAUGAAUAGCUAAAUAAAUUUAAUGCAUUAGCACCUCCUUUAUUCCUAAUAAUAUUAAAUUAUAUUGUCACCUGUGUACAAUAAAUGUGCUUUACAUGAUUUAAAUGAUUUCCUUCAAAUUAACUUCUUUUUAGUGUUUCUCAAAAGCUCCUCCAAGGCAUCAGUAAUGGAGCAUUUGCAGUCAGCACUUCAGUCUGUGACCUAAAGGCAGCGCAUCCUGUAUAUUCCUAUUUCUAGUGAACAGAAUGGUGGACAUACUGAACGUAUUGGCAGCGUAUUAGCACCUCCUUUUCUCUUUGUCAGAUAAUUGCUGCUUUUUCUCAUCAGGUGAUGUGUUUAUGAGUGUAAGGCCUGCACAAUAACCAUUGUUGGAGUUUGUUUCAGUAAAGCUACAAGAAAAAACUAAACAGUGUCUGCGCUCUGUAUUAAAAUAGACUUUGUGUUAACCAAUGCACGAACACGCACAUUCUCUGAUUAAAGCUGUAAGUCUUUUAUUUAUAUAUAUUUUUUAAUGAAUGCUAUAGUUUUUGUGGUGUUUUACAUUACAUUUAAUUCAUUUAAAGCUAUUUUUAGUCAUGUGCUUAGGGUCCUAAGGGCAUAGAUGGAUGCCAAAUGGUCACCCAGUACUGGUCCUCUUCAUGUAAUGUCAGUAUGCACAGCUCCUAAAAGUUGAAGGGACACGUGGGUUGUCUUGUCCUGGUAUUAAUGGACGAGUGGAUGUGCUGGAGAGCUUUGAGGCCACUUCUUUUGGAAAGCACAGUACAAAUCCUGGCCUUUUUCAUAUUGAACAAAUUUCACUGCUCCGGUGCUUUUUUUAUUAGUGCACUAGAAUCUAUUAAAUGUGAAUUAAUUGGAAUGUGCAUUGUAUAUAACAUGUAAAUAAGUAAAGUAGUAGGAACAGAUAAAUCCCUCUCAGUCUGCUGUAAAAUUGGUGCUGUAGAUGUUGUGCAGUUGAUUGAACUCUGACAUUGAUUUGUAUGUCAUAAAGAAUUGGAUUUUACUGUAUUUCUGAGAAGGACUUUCUCAUUUAUUCUCAAGGUUUUUUUUUUUAUAAACGUAAACCGUUAAUCGCAGGAUGGAUGAAGCACAUCUACAGGUAUUCUAUGAUUGACAAUGAUUGAUAGAGACUGUAAAUGUAAUAUUGUUAAUGGUCUGUAAUCACUGACAUGUGCAUAAAACUACAAUGUUCCAUUCAUUUACAAAUAAUAUAUGUUGUUGUAAGUAAGGAAGAAGGAGCCCAUCUGUUCAAAUGGAAUAAAUUCAGUUACGGGGCUGUUACGGGGCAACUUGACUCAGCUGUCUCCCACCUGUGUUCAUUUAUGGCAUCACAUGGUCUGUUAACACUGACGUUCAGGGUAAUGCCAUCAAAAUGACACUGCAGUGCUAAGAGUUGUUGUUGUUUGUGCUGUUUUCCAUCUAUGCUGAUAAAGUUAAAAACCUCAAAAAAAACA